AAAUGUGCUAGGUAGAAAUGUAGAAUGUGACAACUCUGUGACAAGGCCCUCGCUCGUAAUAAUCAAACCCCCACAACCCAUAAAAUUCAACUCAAACCCCCACCGACCUCCCUCUCUCUCUCUCUCUCUCUCUCUCUCAGUUCGAUCGUAUCCUCUUCUAUCCAACUCCAUGGGACGGAAAACAAAGAUCAAAGACCUUCUAAUGGGGGCAAUCAAAGACAAAGCCUCUCAGAGCAAAGCAGCAAUCCUCUCCACAAUCAACACCGCUGCCAGCAGUACUCCUCAAUCAUCUCAAUCUCUCCACCUCGCCCUCCUCCGCGCCACCACCCACGACCCUUUCUCACCUCCACCAGCCAAACACCUUGCCACGCUCCUCUCCUUCGGACACAGCUCGCGUGCCACCGCCUCCGCCGCCAUCGAAGCCCUCAUGGAUCGCCUCCAAACCACCCAAAACUCCUCCGUCGCACUCAAGUGCCUCAUCGCCGUUCACCACAUCGUCAAGUACGGCUCCUUCAUCCUCCAGGACCAGCUCUCCGUCUUCCCCUCCACUGGCGGCAGAAACUACCUUAAACUCUCCAACUUCCGGGACAACUCUAGCCCCAUUUCCUGGGACCUCUCGUCCUGGGUCAGAUGGUACGGACAGUACGUAGAAAACCUCAUCAUCACUUCUCGGUUCUUAGGUUUCUUCUUAGGAUCGAACUCGUGCCUUGCCGAUAGAGACAGACAAGAAGAGAGAAUCUCAGCGCUCAUGAAUUCCGACCUGGUUAGGGAGACCGAGUCGCUGGUGAGUCUACUGGAAGAGAUUUGCCGGCGGCCUGACUUUUCAAGUUUGAACGGUAACAGGUUGGUCGGCGAGAUAUUGGGUUUGGUGGGCCAGGACCAGAUUGCCGCAAUGAACGAGGUUUCGGUCCGAGUCAAGGAGUUUGAUGAGAGACUGAGUUGCAUGAGCUUUGGCGACUCGGUCGAGUUGCUGAGCUCGUUAAAGAGGUCGGAGGAUUGCAAGGAGAGGCUUCUGACAGUGUCGUCGGCGGUGAAGAGUGAUUUGGUAGAGAGGUUUUGGGGGUUGAUGAGAGAGAUGAAGGGAAGGGUUAAGAAAGAGAAAGAGAAAGAGAAAGAGGGUGGUAAGUUGGUGGUGAUGGCGGUGAGGAGAGACAGUGUGGGUGAGUCGGCUCGGUUUGAUGACCGAGUUUUAAGGUCGUAUGACUCGGUCCGAUUCUCCUCAGGAAGGUUGAAGGUGAGCUUGGAAUCAUGUCCUUGAUGAUUUUUUUUUUGUGAAAUUAUUGUGAUGUAGAUUGUGGAAUUGUGAUUUUUGUUAUUUUUCUGUGGCUCCAUUUGUCCAAAUUUUGAUCCAAUACGACACACUUCUUUUAUUUAAUCAA